CAACAUGAAAUUUUGGUAUUGAAUAGGAUUAAUUAUAUUUAAUGAUUUCAGGACUUCAUAAAGUAAGUUGGUUGGGGAGAAAUGGACAAUAUAUCAAAGCCAGAGGUAAUAUUGCAGAGUGAGGGGUUACUGAAGUAUAUAUUGGAGACCGGCGUUUACCCGCGAGAAGCGGAGAUCCUCAAAGAGCUAAGAAAUGCAACUGCAGAGCAUCCUCUGGGUUUCAUGGGUGCUGCACCUGAUGCGGGGCAGCUAAUGGCCAUGCUCUUGAAGCUUUUAAAUGCUAAAAAGACAAUUGAAGUGGGAGUUUUUACUGGAUACUCUCUUCUCCUCACUGCACUCACCAUUCCUAAUGAUGGAAAGAUUAUAGCUAUGGAUCCAGACAGAAAAGCUUAUGAGAUAGGACUGCCAUUUAUUAAAAAGGCUGGUGUGGAACACAAGAUUGACUUCAUAGAGUGUCCAGCUUUACCGGUCCUUGAUAAACUCUUAGAAGAACCUGCAAAUGAAGGGAGUUUUGACUUUGCCUUCAUUGAUGCUGACAAAAACAAUUACUGGAAUUACCACGAGAGGCUUAUAAAAUUGGUGAAGAUUGGUGGUUUAGUAGCGUACGAUAACACGCUGUGGGGAGGAACUGUUGCCUUGCCUGAAAAGGCAGUUUCGGAACCGAAACGAGAAUGGAGACGAUUAUCACUUGCUUUUAACAAAGCCAUUUCCAAGGAUUGUCGUGUUCAAAUUGCUUUUCUUUCAAUAGGUGACGGAGUCAUUAUCUGCAUGCGUGUUCGCUGAUAUGAUAUGACCAGUUAUUUAAGCCACAACAGAAAAUUGAUAAAUUUACAUUUCCUUGCAAAUCUGUUCUGAAAACAUAGAUCAACAUGUACAAAAUUGUUACAGUUUAAUCGAGUUUGCAUUAAAUACUUAAA